AAACACACGCACGGUCAGAGGGAGAAGGAGAAGGAAGGCGGAUCUGAAGACAGUAAGGACUUCGUCAGCAGAGCAGAGCAGACCCACGGCGCAAUCAUGGAUGAUUCGGCUCCGCAUCCCGCUCGCUCCGUGUUCCCGUGGCUGGUGGGAGCGUCGCAGGUGGUGGGUCUGGCAGCGGUGGUGCUGACCGGCGUGUGGAUGGGCCACUUCCGCGGCGGCUUCGCCUGGGACGGCUCGGCGCUGGAGUUCAACCUGCACCCUCUGUGCAUGGUACUUGGGCUGGUUUUCCUUCAGGGCGAUGCCAUCCUGGUCUACAGAGUAUUUCGGAAUGAGGCGAAGAGGAACGUGAAAAUGCUUCAUGGUAUCAUUCACCUGCUGGCCCUCAUCAUCAGCAUCAUAGGUUUUGCAGCUGUAUUUGACUUUCACAGAGCAGCAAAGAUCCCCGACAUGUACUCUCUACAUAGCUGGUGCGGAAUGACUACCCUAGUCUUAUUCUGCGUACAGUGGGUGAUGGGUUUGCUGUUCUUCCUGUUUCCUGUUGGCUCAUCAUGGUUACGAGCCGCGUACCUCCCUGUCCAUGGGUUCUGCGGCCUGUUGCUGCUGGUUAUGGCCAUAGGGAGCAGUCUGCUCGGCAUCACGGAGAAACUCCUCUUCAGCAUCAUGCCAACCUACUCUUUGUUCACCCCUGAGGGGGUGCUGGCCAACGUCUUGGGGAUCCUGCUGGUGUGUUUCGGGGUGCUGCUGGUCUACGUGGUCACCAGGGAGGAGUACCGGCGUCCGCCAAACCCAGAGGAAGAGUCUCUGUCCGUCCACUUCAAGACCCUGACCGAGGGGGGGUCGCCCACCACGCCUUGACCUCAGGGUGACGUCUUGACACCUCCCCCUCAUCUGGAAACAGUGUGCUGCCAACAGACCAGCUAGUGUUACCAGUCUCUGUUAAUAGCUAGUUACAGAAAAGUCAGUUUUCAAAAGUUUAUGUUUUAGUUCAGUGAAGUCAACGAAAUCAUGGUCAAGCUUUUAAUGACCAAUCUGACCCAUCUGAUCUCAGAUUACUGAACAGACCAGUCGACUUUCAACCCAAAUUAUUUAUUUAUACUUGAUUUAUUUUAUUUCAGAAUGAAUAGAAUAAGAUCGGGAAUGCAAGCAGCCCAAGCCGACCAAUCACAGUUCCCUGUUGUCUCCAUAUGGAGUCCCAGAUGUGCAGCUACAUUUUUUAGGAGGCAAAAGUCAGUACCUACAGCUGCCAUGCAGAAGUUUAAAUAUAUAAAAAGAGUGCCUGCAGCUCAGAAACUGUUUGUCCUGCAGUUGCUGCAUAAGCUCCUACAGUAUAUUUGUAUAUUAUUACAGCCGAGUGAUACGUCUUCUCGGUUAAAAUGAUCUAGGUGAUUGCGUUUAACAUUCAAUUCUGUCGUAUUGAUUAUUUAACUUUAUCAAUAGUUCUAAUCAGAUUUCAGUAUUUUAAGGAAGCCCUGAGAAGAAAUUGAGGUGUGUCUUAGUCUGAUCGAAAUAGAUUUCUCUCCUGUGUUCAUGACUUAUGAACAGUUGAGAAAAAGUUCCUUUCAUUUUCUUUUUCAACAAGUGGGAAAACAAGUUUAAGAAAAUAAGUUACUGUUUUCCACCUGUAAAAAAAGGGUUUUAGCAGGAACUAAAGGCAUUCAUGUUUUCUUUCAGGUGAGAGUCAAUUUACAUAACUUGAUAUCACACAAUAUAUGAACCUUGUGUUUUAGAGUGCAUGAAGAAAUUGAUACUCACCAGGAAACAAAUAAUUUGUGCUUUUAAUCCUAUUUAGAACAUGGGGCAGUGGUGCAUUUCAGCCUCCUAUGGCUAAAAUUUGUGAGGUUUUUUUCCACCUGUUUUUAGGUCAUAAUCACAGGCUUAGAAAUGUGAAUCACCAGGCAAAAAACUAUUCUCACAUUCCUCUUAGGGUUCCGUAGUAUUUGGAUCAAGUAGCUCCUGAAGAAUAAGGUGUGCCAAAUUUCGUAUAUUAAGCAUCCAUGGCCCAAACAUUUAUUUUUUUCUCGGCUGAAUUAAGUUGUUGCUUGAGUGUGUACUAGUAGUAUCUAAUUGGACUCUUGGUCCCCACUGUACAAUUUGGCUGUAUUACUCACCAAAAGUCAAACUGAUGCCAAACAUCACGCUUGAAUUUGACCUUCUUUUUAAACUUCGCAUUACAAUUUGGAACCACCCACAUCUGCUAUCUUGAUUUUCACCAUUUUGGAUAAAUCACUGAGCAUAAUAUUUAUUAGUAAAACAUGCUUUUUGGAAAAUGAUUUACAUCAAACUACUUUUGUAGGUCACAACACUUUUUCCUGCACUCAAAUAAAGUCUGUCCUCUCAUUUGAUUUUUUCCAUUAUACUCUAUAUCCAUCCCAGAAUCAAGUGAAGCUAGUACAGUUUUACCACAAUGCAAAAUGCAUUAACAAAACAUGUAUUCCAUUUGUCCAUUACUACGCUGUUUGUGUUUAAGUGGACUGCCAUGUUAACAAUAUCUGUAUGGUGUGUAUUCAGUUGUAUGUGAUAAGAGUUUGGUCACUUCAUGCACUUUGACCUAAGGAUGUUAAAUUCAUAUGUUUGAAUGUAUUUAUCCAAAUUAAUUAUAACAUGUAGCUACAGUUUAGUUUUUUGUGGCAUAAGUUCAGUACUCCACACUAGUGCCUAAUACAAAGCUCUUACUGAAUGUUGUCUGUCUUAAUAUUAUUCUUGACUGUGUAAUCUUUGAAAGGGAAGUCUGAAUCCCAUUUGGACAACCUGAAGUAAAUAAAAUGUGUGUAAUGUCAAUUUUUUUCCUAAAACUUCUGAUAUAACUCGAGAUG